CCACCCCCCACCCCUCCCCCCGCCGAGCUGUGCCAGGGCUAUUAUGACGUCAUGGGUCAGUACGACGCCGCCUUCAACUGCUCGACGGGCAGCUUCCGGUUCUGCUGCGGCACGUGCCACUACCGCUUCUGCUGCGAGCACCGGGGGCGGCGCCUGGAACAGCGGCGCUGCACGAACCGGAACAGCCCCGGCUGGGCCCGCCCCCCCCCGCAGCCGCCGGCAGCGCCACCGCCCCCCCCGCAUCCCAUUGGUGGUGGUGGUGGAGCCCCCAGCCCCUCCCCCUCUUGGGUGGAAGGGGGAGGGGAAGGGAGGGGGGGGGAGGGGAGCGGCACCCCCUAUGUGGUGUGUGGGGUGGUGAGCCUCGUGCUGGCUGUGGCGGUGGCGGCCAGGGCAGUGCUGGGGAGGGGGGGGAGGGGGGAGCCCGGGCAGGAUGAUGGGGGAAGCCAUCCCCCCUCUGUCCCCAGGGCCCUCAUGGACGUCCUUCGGCACCAGGCGGGGGGGGGCCGGCCCGAGCGGCGCAGCAGUGGGGUCCUGCCCCCCCCGCCCCCCGACAAUGGUCCCGCCCGGCCCCCCAAAACCCUCUACAGCACCGUCAAGGCCUGCAAGGGCACCUGGGGGGGGGCCAUAGGGGACACGGGCCCCAACAGCUACGUCCACCUGGGCAUGGGGACCCCCGAGCACCGGGCGGCCACGCUGGACUGGCGGGGGCCCCGCGCGGGCACCCUGAGCUGCUCCCGCUCCUUCCACAACCUCUCGCACCCGCCCCCCCCCUACGAGGGGCCCCCCCCCCCGGAGCUGGGGCGCUGCACGUCCCUGCGGCGCCUGGCCGACCGGGACCCGGAUGAGCCCUGGCGCGCCUAUUGGGUCCCGGCCUGGGCUCCGCCCCCUCGCUCCGCCCUGCCGCUGGCUCCGCCCACCCCCCGCGGAGGCCCCGCCCCCCGCCGCGUGCUCUCGCAGGAGCUGCUGCUGGCGGGGGGGGGAUGGGGCGGGACCAUGCCCCGCGCGCGGGGGGGGGGGCGGCGCGACCCCGCCCCCUCCCCGCGGCCCCUCCCCCACACCGCCUCCCACAGCAGCCUGGCGGGGGGCGGGGCCAGGCCCGGAGGCUCCUCCCCUUCGCCGCCGGCUCCGCCCCCUGGCCCGGCCCCCCCGCCCCCUCCCCCCGCGCACCCCCCCCGCCGCCUGCAGCGAACCGGGAGCCGCACCGAGGUCACCGUGUGA